AAAAGACUUCAUGUUCAAACCAAAACAUCAAUUUGCGCCUCGCCAGUCCUUGAGAACCUGAACCGUCCUCUUCAGAACGGUUUACCGACAAACAACGAAGUAACGCAAGCUGUGGAUUGAGUUUUUCGACCGUUUCAGGAUGAAGAAAUCUGAGGGAAGAAAAGAGGGGAAGCCGCUGGAGAUGUUCCUCAAUAUACAGGAACAAGAAGCUUCCACUGAUGAGCAGCAGCAGCAGCAGCCCUACCCAGCCCUGGCUCCUGUUGUUUUCCGCUGCCUUGAACAGACCACAAAACUUCGAAGGUGGUGUCUCCAAAUGGCCCAUAGUCCUUGGUUGGAGUACUUGUCCAAACUAAUGGUCCUGUUUAGCUGUGUGAUUCUGUGCAUGAACAAACCCUAUGAAGAGCAACCCACCUACCUGAAGAAUUUGGAUUCUGUUGUCUUUGCAUUCUUGAUCAUGGAAAUGGUCAUCAAGAUGCUGGCCCUGGGGGUUGUUGGCUAUUUUGGCAACAACUGGAACACGUUGGAUUUCCUCAUCAACUUUGGAGAAGUGCUGGACUUCAUCCUGGCACGCUUCAGCCUCCGCUGGAAAGUUUUCCAAGCUUUCCGCCCGAUGCGACUAUUCAGCAGAAUACAAAUUCUGCGAGUCUCGGUAAAAGUGUUCAUAGACACCCUGCCUAUGAUUUGUCCUGUUCUCAUCAUAAUCCUGGUCAUUCAAAUCUUCUCCAAUGUGGGAAUUCAGAUGUGGGAGGAUCAGCUACACAACUUUCUGGGAGAAGACAUUUCUACCUAAGGAAAAAUCUUGAUCAGGAAAACAACACCAGUAUCGAACAAGCAUUCCGGACUGCUUGGGAAGACGACUCGGCCAGAUUGUGUCUCAUCCCCCCAAGACCACUAAACAUGUCCUUUAUAUAGGUUUAAGGGAUGUCCACGACGCACACACAUUUCUCUUAACAUCUGGUUUAAAUCCAGUAGUGGACCUCAGCUCUGUUGAUAUGAGCAUGCUAACUGUCACCGUAAUUUACGCUAAUGCUGGGCUCCAACCCUUGAUGUAAGCGUGCCAAUUGUCACCGUAAUUUACAGAACUGUAAAGGUGUCUCUAUCUGAACCUUCUGUGACCGAUCCAAGCAGUAAAACUGUAUUUAUUGUAUAACUUAAUGUGAGAUACCUCAUAACCCCCCUUUGAGACUACACAGAGUCUCGAAAACAAACAGAAAAAAUCACAAUUACAAUCGGACAUGUAACAUUCACGUAAUUACACACACAGAAAGUUCAAAAGAUAACUGUAAUCUGUAAUAUCACAGCAAAUCCCAGCAUUACAGUAAAUUCAUGGAGUGUGAGAGUGAAAACCUGUCAGGCAGUGAUCAGUCCUGUAUAAUUUACUAAUCAAUUCAUGACAGGGAAAAGACACUCACGGCCCCUCUGCCCUAGGCAACCACCUACAGUACUUCAAGUAUGUGCAAAAGGAGGAUACAGAAAACUAUUGGGGAACAAAAUGUAAGCAAAUACAUUUGGUAAAUUUAGAAACAAAAACAAAAAGUUGUCCAAAGUCAGGCUGGUCAUCCCAUCUGACCUUUCAGUGGACAUUUCCCUGCCUAUACCACUGACCCUAGGCGUCGGAAAAAAAAGAAAAAAACCUGAGUUCCCAACAUAUUUACCUCAUAGCAGAAAACAUCAUUCUUAAAGCAAAUUGAAACAAAGAAAUCCCCAUACAAUUCAAUAUCCAUAUUCCUCCCUUUGUGAAAACGUAUAAAUACACUCAUAUAGUUAUAGAGAAAUAAACCAAAACAUUAUACUUUACUAAGAUUAUUACCAAAAAUCCUACAGACAUUUUCCAUGCAUCAUAUCACAGACUACAACAUAACAAGUCAAAGUCCAACAAUGUAAAAAAUGUGUAAGAAAACAUACUAGAAUAUCAAACUGUUACUCCACAGCAGUAUAGCUGCUGGUUGUAUGUGCCCUCAAUAGUAUUCCAAAACGGAAGACUAUACAUAAUGUUCUUAUUCAGGGUCCUCUUGUCCACUUCACUGUU